UUUCUUCGUGUUGCUUUCCUUGGCACGCACCGUUUCUUUAAUGACUUCCAACCAACAUCCUUUAGCACGGCAAGACGUAGUCAUGUCUUCUGCCAAUAGACAGCACUCCACACCCGAGAACACCUAUACAAUUGAUCAUCACCGUCAUCGAAAAGGAGACAAAGAUCAACACUCGCCACCGCCAAGACGACACUCUCACCAUGCUCCAGUAUGCAAGUUCGACGCUGAAAAAUGGAAAACUGAGUUCCGACGAAAGUCAAUAGACUCUUUGCCUCAUGAACAACGCUUCAUUGCAGCUCAACAACGGAGAGGACUGAAUGUGAUGGACACCACAGACGAGGACCGAGAGUAUGAAGAAGCAAGACAACGGAUUGCGGAUGACGGUCUGCAAAGGGAAUAUGAUAGAUAUUUGUCCAUCAUGGAACAGCACCGUUACAUGACUGAUUUGUAUAUGCAACAACAGUCGGUCAGCCAGCCUGCUCAACAGUCCUAUACUGAUCCAGUGAUGAUGGAGCGAACUCAAUCGACGGCUUUCAACGGUCGAUUGAGCAGCAGCCCAUAACGUAAAGUAUGAAAAAGUUUGCCAUAUACUAUUGCCUUUGCAAGGGAUGCCUAAUGGAAUAACCAGCGUUCCCAUAUGCCACAUCUUUUUUUUUUUUUUUACACACAAUCA